AUGCAGCCUGCGCAUGGCACGCUUGUCCAGGACGGGCGAUCUCCCGACGACCAAGAGUACCAGCGAGGUGAUCCGGUGGCCAUCGUCGAGAAUGGCACAGAAGAGGAUCUUACCGAUGCGAUUCAUAUUCUCAAAUUCCGCACUAAGCAGCGUAUGCUCGUGCCUUUACAUGUGUGUUUGACCCUCCACCACCGCCGCCACCAGAAGAAGCUCUCUCUGCUGACUUGCAUGGGGCAUUCCGGAUCCAGAGGCAAUAACGUUUCAUGCUCGCACUACCAGCGAUAUCCAUGA